AUGGUGUUAAUGACAAUGAUCGCCCGUGUUGUAGACGGACUACCUCUAGCCGCUACUAUGCAAGAAGACGAGCAGAGCGGCUGUAAUAUAUUGGAGUAUCAAAACCAAGCAAAAAUGCUGUUUAGAAAACUUAGCCCCCAAUCACCAAUCCGCUGCUCCAUUGAAACUGGGCCUUACCUCUUUCAUUAUCUAAUUGAGAACGAAAUUUGCUAUUUAGUGCUGUGUGAGAGGAACUACAGCAAACGACUCGCCUUCAGUUACUUAGAAGAAAUAGCACAAGAGUUCUACCAGCAAUACGGGAAAAGAGUUAACACGGUGACUCGUCCUUACACAUUCAUAGAGUUCGAUACGUGGAUGCAGCGUACACGCAAGCAAUAUGCGGAAGGAGGGGCGCGGGCCCGGCGGGGAGGCGCGGCCGCCGCCCUGGGGGGGCAACUGGGGGAUGUACAGCGGAUCAUGAUGCAGAACAUUGAUGAUGUACUGCAGAGAGGGGCUAUUCUUUCUGAACUGGAUACUAAGACACAGAAGCUGUCAAUGAUGACACAGAAGUACAAGAAGGACGCCACAUACUUGAACACCAAGUCAAUGUUGGUGAAGGCCACGGCUGGUGCCGUCAUCCUACUGGUGGUCGUGCUUUAUUUCUGGAUAAUAUAUCUGGUGGUACUUAUGAUACAUUCCAUCAGGCUGCGGUUCCCUAGUGGUUGUAGGUACAUCUAUCUCAUUUAG